GCAUGAAGCUGCUGGUAUCAUUCUUGAUGGCGUGCUGCGUCGCCGCCUGCUGCUCCGCCUGGGAAUCUGCUGAGCUGAUAAAAAGAGGAUACGUUAUAGUGCCGAGCUCCGCCGGGGCCGUCAUCCCCCUAAGAGGCCACAACGGAGAGACUAUGUACUACGCCAUUAAGAUUUCCUACUUUCAGGGUGGCCGCGCUGGCGUCGGUCAAGCUGUCGCUAGCGCUGCUCAGGCGGGCCGUACUGCCGCUGCUGCCGUGCACGCGGGAAGCGCGGGAUUCCGUGUUAGCAACGCAGCAAGCGCCGGUUUCCAGGGCGGAGCGUCAGGUACCACUGGCGCCCUCUUCAGGACGAUAUCGGUUGAUCAGGUUCCAACUACUAGGCUUCAGCAGGGUGGCCGCGCUGGCGUUGGUCAAGCUGUCGCUAGCGCUGCUCAGGCGGACCGUACUGCCGCUGCUGCCGUGCACGCGGGCAGCGCGGGAUUCCGUGUUAGCAACGCAGCACGCGCCGGUUUCCAGGGCGGAGCGUCAGGUACCACUGGCGCCCUCUUCAGGACGAUGUCGGUUGGUCAGGUUCCAACUACUAGGCUUCAGCAGGUGAGCUAG